UAUACUAAAAGUGGUUGUAAUAAACCCGAGCGAGUGGCUCGAGAGAGAUGCGGGUGUACUGGGAGAAGUGGAACUUGCCAAGGCCCAACUGAAUGGCCACUCCCGUAUGAAUUCCGAUUUUAUUCAACCGCAUUCCUGCACCCAAGCUAUUCUUUACGGCCACGCUGCUCGAGUAUAUACCACAUGCGAGAAACAGUGUACAUACACGAGUAUAAUAAACCUCUACAAAACCAUGCAUAACGAGAGAGGAGAAG